AUGAACAAGUCCAGGCUCGAUCUUGGUGCUGUCUUCCUUAAGCUCUGCUACCUGUUUCAGUUCGCUAUCCAAGGUGGAGUAAGCCGCAGAGAGGAUUUUGCGGCUGAUGUAUCUUGUCUCCGGUUGGCAGUUGGCCAGGUUCAUCACGACAAACUGCAAAAGACCAGACUCGGCCAGUCUUCUGACGUCGACUGUCACAAGAGAGUCUUUGGGCUGGAACAGUUCGUCGUUGUUGAUGACCAAGAGCAUCAAAAACUCUGGGUCAUACACCGUUUGCGCAUAGAUGUUGUCAAACACCAAAUGUCCAAGCACAACUGCAUUGUGACGAUAAAAGUCCUGCCACUGUUGCCAAUCGGUAGCACCAUUUGGAAGCUGGAAUGUUUCAGAAGAGCCACGGAACCUGGAGAUAGAGUUCUCAAUGAAUUUCUUGGAAAGAUUCACAAUCAGACCCUGACUGAUACUCGUAAUCAGUCCGGUGGAAUACGGCUCGUAUGA